CCUGCCGACGAGACCGGCUGCCUCCCUGGCGAGCCAACACCCGCCAUCUCGGGCAGCUCGGUCGCCGGAAUCUUGUCUCGCGCUUGCUGUUUCAGCCGCUCGGAUUGAUACUGUCGAUCGGCCACCAUGCUCAACUCAUUCAAGAAGGACGAAGACUCUGGCGACGCUGGGGUCUUCUACAACAUUGACAAGAGCGUUGUACUACAAGAGGCUCGAGCAUUCAAUGUCACGCCUAUCAACCCCCGAAAGUGUCGGCUGAUCUUGACCAAGAUUGUAUACUUGCUCUAUCAAUCCGAGACCUUCGCCACCAAUGAAGCAACAGAGGCAUUCUUUUCGAUCACAAAGCUGUUCCAGUCGAACGACAUCGCACUGCGUCAGAUGGUUUAUCUUUUGAUCAAAGAACUCUCCAAAAUUGCCGAGAACACAUUCAUCAUCACAUCGAGCCUGACCAAGGACAUGACCGCCAAAACAGAUGUGAUAUAUAGGGCCAACUCGAUUCGAGCCCUGUGCAAAAUUACCGACGCAUCCAUGCUGCAAGGCAUCGAGCGCUUCCUGAAGCAAGCGAUUGUUGACAAGAGCCCCAGUGUCUCGAGCGCCGCCCUCGUCUCUGCGCACCACAUCUUUGGAAUCAGUAAGGAGGUUGUCAAGCGAUGGGCAAACGAAGUUCAAGAGGCCAUCAAUAGCAAGGGUAUCAUUACCCAGUAUCAUGCCCUCGGCCUCAUGUAUCAGAUCCGACAGCACGAUCGUAUGGCCGUUAUCAAGCUGAUCCGCAACUACUCCAAGGGACUUUUGCGCUCGCCUUAUGCGUACUGCAUGUUAAUCCGAUACAUUGCCAAGGUCAUGGAGGACGACGAUGCUGAUCGGUCCGCUAUGUAUGAGCUGCUGGAAAACUUUCUGCGUCACAAGAACGAAAUGGUGAUAUAUGAAGCCGCCCGAGCCAUCUGUGGACUGAAGGACGUUAGCAACAAGGAGCUUUUCCCGGCUGUUGCUGCGCUCCAACUCAUGCUCUCAAAUCACAAGUCCACCCUGUGCUUUGCGGCCAUUCGAACUUUGAGCAAGCUGGCCAUGACCAACCCCGUUGCUGUCAGUCCAUGCAAUCUCGACAUGGAGAACCUCAUUGUAAACUCGAACAGAAGCAUUGCCACGUUUGCUAUCACAACCCUUUUAAAGACCGGAAACGAAGCCAGCGUGGAUCGUCUCAUGAAGCAAAUCACGGGGUUCAUGUCUGAGAUCUCGGACGAAUUCAAGAUCAUCGUCAUCGACGCUGUACGAUCCCUCUGCCUCAAGUUUCCGACAAAGCAGCAGCUAAUGCUCAACUUUUUGGCCAAUGCCUUGCGCGAAGAAGGCGGAUACGAGUACAAGCGCGGCAUUGUGGAGGCAAUCUUUGAUAUCAUUUACCACAUUCCUGAGUCCAAAGAACAUGCUUUGUCCCAUCUGUGCGAGUUUAUCGAAGAUUGUGAGUUCACCAAGCUGGCUGUCCGUAUUCUCCACCUCUUGGGAUCGGAGGGUCCAAAGACAUCACAGCCCUCAAAGUGUAUCCGCUACAUCUACAACCGAGUCAUUCUUGAAAACGCGACUGUCCGUGUAGCCGCUGUGUCUGCUCUGGUCAAGUUUGCGAUCCACUGCGGGGAUUUGACCGAGCGCAUCAAAGUUCUCCUGACGAGAUGCCUGGAUGAUGUCGAUGACGAAGUUCGCGAUCGAGCGUCCAUGGCCCUACGCCUUCUCGACGAUUCCGAGCUUUCCAAGCGUUACCUGGAUAACGAGUCGACCUUCUCCCUUGCGUCCUUGGAACGUAGUUUGCAUCACUACGUGCAAUCUCCGUCAGAGCACUCGAAGCCAUUCGAUAUUCAAUCCAUUCCAGUCAUAUCGAAGGAGCAGGAGAAGGCAGAGCGUGCCCGAGCUAAAUCGGCCGCUAUUCAAGACGCCGGCAUCACGGGCCUUGUAUCGAGCUCUGGCGCGAGCUCGUUCCCGUCUUCCUCGGGUGCUCAGAGAGCAGUUCAGGCGACGGCGGCCAGCGGCCAGCCGGAUCCACAAACGGCAUACGCUGAAGCCAUGGAGAAGAUUCCUCAGCUGUCGCAUCUCGGUCUUUUGCUCAAGAGCUCCUCGGUGACUGAGUUGACAGAAUCAGAGACCGAGUAUCUGGUUGCCUGUGUUCGACAUGUUUUCCCCAAACAUUUGGUGUUCGAGUUUCAAUGUCGCAAUACUUUGAACGAUAUUUUGCUUGAAAACGUCCACAUCCAAAUGAAUCUGGAAGCAACUGAGGAUGAGGAAGCCAUUGCUCUCCUCCAGUACGAGCUCUCGAUUCCAAUCGAUAGAUUGCCGUAUGACACACCUGGAUCAAUCUACGUGGUUUACCGCCGACCAGACAACAUCUGCCCCACCGCAUCCUUUUCGAACGUCCUCAAGUUUAUUGUGAAAGACUGCGAUCCUGCUACCGGCGAACCUGACGAAGAGGGCUAUGAAGACGAAUAUCCUCUCGAUGACGUCCAGUUGAGUAUUGCGGACUAUAUGAUUCCCAACUAUGUCCCAGAGUUCCGCAAGGCCUGGGAAGGGCUUGGAAAGGAGGCCGAAGCAGUGGAGACAUAUUCGCUCACUGCCGUCAGCAGCAUUCAAGCUGCUGUAUCGAACGUGAUACAGUCCCUGGGAAUGUGCGCCUGCGAAAAUACGGGAACUGUCAAAGACAAGGCGGCAACACAUGGCCUGUUGAUUGCAGGAACGUUUGUCGGAGGUGUUCCGGUUUUAGCCCGCUGCAGAAUGGCUCUUGAUGGGGCAUCUGGAGUCACCCUGGAAAUCGGCGUGCGUAGCGCAAGCGCUGAAGUCAGCCAGAGAGUCGCUAAUGCCAUCAGCUAAAUGCUGCGAAUGACAUCCGAGUCCCGGCGUCGGCGUGGUGGAAACGGUGAGCCCUCAUUCAGACAUCGGACGGAGUUGUGGGUCGAAAAGACAACUGCGAAUACAAAUACAGCUAGUAUACAGAUCGACAU